AUGCCCUUCUCAUCAGCUGAAAACUCCUUCCGCCAGCAGUUCAGCGGCUGGACCUCGCGUCCCGCCGCCGCGCCGCCACCUCCCCCACCUUCGCAGCCUCUGCAGCUCUCGGACUUCUCCCUGGCCCGAAUUACCACGACCGUCAAGUCCAUAAACCCGUUCAACAGCCAGGGACCGGGGUACAUGCAGCUUCCCGUCUCUGAGAACGAGCCCGCGCCGUCGACGAUCCAGGAGCCCUCGUGGUUCAAGAUGUCGAGAUGGGACAGGAUAGUCUGCUUUGGCGUCUGUCUUGGUGCGUCGGCUUUGUUCUUUGUGCUCUGUUUCGCGCUGUUCCCCAUAUUACUUCUCAAGCCUGUCAAAUUCGCCAUCUUAUGGUCCUUUGGCUCCCUACUAUUCGUCAUUUCAUUUGGCUGCCUCCAAGGACCUGUCAACUACACUCUACACCUAGUCUCGCCUAAUCGACUACCUUUCACAGUCAUCUACUUUGGCUCUAUCAUCCUCACCUUGGUCUUCAGUUUGGGCAUGCACUCAAAGAUCCUAACCGUGAUCGCGUGUGUUGCGCAAAUACUGGCAGCGCUGUGGUAUACCGUCAGCUACUUCCCGCUCGGCACGCAAGGGCUCCGCUUUGCCAGCAGACUGGGUCUACGACAGGUCAACGGUUGGCUCGAUUCGUAA